UCUCGCAUUUUCACUCUGACGGCGUGCGUUCGAGGGGACGGGCAACGGGGGUUAAAGGAGUUGCCGGGCGGUAGCAGAGCACAGCGGGUUUGGGGUAUUUUUUUUAAGCUGAUAGCGCUGCUGUGUGGAAGAUUGGAGCCCGUUAGAGUCCAGACUGCUCAACAACACAGAUACAUGCCGCGUAGCGUAACUACGCUAAGUUCGCUAUAAGAGCCCGGUAACUAAGGAAGGAGGUGUUAGCUUUAACCUAGUGAUAGAAAGAAAGCUAUAGCUAGCUUAGCUAGCUAAUUAGCCGCUGACUUAGUUAGUUAGCUAGUUAGUUGAGUUAAUAUGCUAGCUAAAGCUAGCUAGCUAACACCGCCUCUCCAUCACCCUCAGCACCCCAGCACAGCCACAGCAAGGGGGGAGCGUGGCCGGCUACACAGCCGAGUAGAAUAACAGCUAGCUAGCUAGCUAGCUAGUUAGCUAACCUAGCUAUUGCGAUAGCCUGUAACGGUAAAAUAGCCUUCUAGCUAACAAGACCGUUAGAUUAGUUAGUUAACUAACUGGUUAGUUCGCCAGUUAGCGGUUGUAGAGUUAUUAGUUAAAGCAAUUGAGGGUGGGUGUCUUUCUGCCCAAACAAACCUUCUGCUGCUCAGCCUCCCCCUCUCUACCCAUCAUCUCUACCCCCUGCCUCUCCACCCGAAACACUGGAAAUCCUCAAGCGGCCGGAGAGCGGCGGAGGGCCGGCGAAGCUGGGGGUGCUUCCCGACUCUCAAAGCGGCGCUGCGCCGGCAAACAUGGACGGACUGGCGGUGGAGGUUCGCGGCUCUAACGGGGCCUUCUAUAAGGGAUUCGUCAAAGAUGUUCACGAAGACUCCCUCACAAUAGUCUUUGAAAACAAUUGGCAGCCAGAGAGACAGCUGCCAUUUAGCGACGUGCGAUUGCCGCCCCCGUCCGACUAUAACAAGGACAUUGGCGAGGGAGAGGAAGUAGAGGUCUACUCCAGAGCAAAUGAGCAGGAACCCUGUGGCUGGUGGUUGGCGAGGGUGAGGAUGAUGAAGGGAGAGUUCUAUGUCAUCGAGUAUGCCGCAUGCGACGCCACAUAUAACGAAAUAGUUACUGCAGAACGAAUCCGGCCAGUCAACCCCAACAGCCCAGCCUCUCGCAACACCUUCUACAAAGUCAAUGUCGCCGUACCUGAGGACCUCAGAGAAAUCUGUUUAACUGAAAACAUCCACAAAGACUUCAGGAAAGCAAUCGGAGCAAGCUGCAUCUUCUACAACGCUUCCAUACAAGAACUUGUCGUCUUGUCCACAACUGAGUCCACAGUAAAGCGUGCAGGUCUUCUGAGUGACAUGCACUUUCGCAGUAUUCGCACCAAGCUUAUGCUCAUGUCCCGUAACGAGGAGGCCACCAAACACUUGGAGACAAGUAAGCAGUUGGCAUCAGCCUAUCAGGAGGAGGUGCGAGUGCGGGAGGAUUUAAUGGGUUUGGCCAUCGGCUCCCACGGUGCCAAUAUCCAGCAGGCCCGCAAGGUUCCAGGUGUGACCGCCAUCGAACUUGAAGAGGAAAGCUGCACUUUCAGGAUUUAUGGAGAGACCCCAGAAGCUGUGAAGCAGGCGAGAGUGUAUCUGGAGUUUAAGGAAGACUCCUUCCCGGUGCCCCGGAAUCUUGUAGGCAAAGUCAUCGGCAAAAGUGGCAAAAUCAUCCAAGAGAUUGUGGACAAAUCGGGCGUGGUGCGAGUCCGGAUCGAAGGGGACAAUGAUAAAAAGCUGCCCAGGGAGGACGUAGGCUGGCAGGCGUCUGACAGUGCAGACACUGUCGACGGCCAAGAGGGUAUGGUUCCAUUCAUCUUUGUUGGAACCAAGGAAAAUAUCAGUAAUGCCCAGGCACUGCUGGAGUACCAUGUGGCCUACCUUCAGGAGGUGGAACAGUUACGGCUGGAACGGCUACAGAUCGAUGAGCAGCUUCGUCAGAUUGGUGUGGGUUACCGUGCGCCCCCGAGUCGUACCGGAGGGCCCAGCACUGGAGACCGGGAGAGAGGCUACCUGACUGAUGAGAGCAGCAAUUCACUCCAGACAUCGCGCACAUAUGGAGGAAGGGGGCGUGGACGCAAGGGCAAUGCAUACUCUGGUUAUGGAACAAACUCGGAGAUGUCCAAUGCAUCAGAGACCGAGGACCUGGGAGAGCGAGAGCCCAGACCCCGGGGUGUGGGGGUGGAUGAAAGGGGCUCCAGGAGAGGAGGCCGUGGCCGUGGAUCCAGCACUGGAAGAGGCCGCGGUGGCCCAGGACCCAGAAACUCAAACACCAUCAGCUCAGUGCUGAGGGACCCAGACAGUAACCCCUACUCACUGCUGGAGGGAGAAGGUGAUCUGGGUGGAGAUACAGAUGCGAGCGAGAGCAUGGGCGGCAGUGACCGCAGGAGACGUUCCCGUCGCCGCCGUAACGAUCAAGAACCCAGCGUGAUCGAUGCAGACGCCAACGAAUCAGACGGCCAGGCAGCUGCUAGCGAGAACGGAUUGGAUGAAGACAGUAAGCCUCAGCGGCGCAACAGGAGCCGCCGCCGCCGUAAUCGUGGCAACCGCCCUGAGGGAGGUUCUGCCAGCCGUGACAGGCAGCCAGUUACUGUGGCCGACUUAAUCUCUCGCCCGGAAUCUCAAAGCAGACAGAACCUUCCAGUGAAGAAAGAAGAUAUACAGCAUGCCUCUCACCCUAAGGAGAAUGGGACUAGUGUGAAGAAAGAAGAGCGUGUCCCUUCCAAGCGUUCCCCCAGCAAUGGCGUGGCAACAUCUGGGGAGGCACUGACCCUGGUGAACGGCGUUUCAUAAGAUACAAAACGUCAUCUCACCCCUCAAGACCCACGUCUAGAGCAAGACACUACGGCAAUCUGUCCCUGCUUGCAUUUACGUAAACCUUUAAACAGACAAGUGAAAAAUCGACUAAAAAUCUUGAAUUCAUGCGUGAUUUCAAAGGAGCAAAAGAAAAUGAUACAAAAAAAAUGACAAACGCAUCUACUUAAAACACGUAACGGUGUAUGUUUAUCCUAUCUAUCAGUACUUAGUGCUUAUUUAAGACAAGCUUGCCAAAAAAGAGCUGGUGGAUAUGACUCGAAAAUCUGACGUAACUGAACACAGGACGUGACCCUUUGUUUUUAUUUUGGAGAAACGGUUAAGUUUUUUUUUUGUUGUUGUUGUUGUUGUUGUUGUUGUCACUGUUGUUGUUUUUGUUGUUUUUUGUUCGUUUGUUUUCUUCACUGGUGUGGGAUUGUGAUCACACUCCCAAACAGAUGCAUCUAUGAAACAGUGUUAGCGGCGAGGGGAGGAGCUAGCCGAGAGGCAGGAAUGUAGGCGGAGCCUCUCAUGUGACUGACAGCUGAGGCUUUUGGUACUCUGAGAUUAAGGACGUGUGAGGUGAAGGAGAGACAUUGUGCCUUGAAUUUGAAAAAACUUGAGUAUUCUCUUUUUGUCUUUUUUUUUAUUAUUAUUUUUGGUUCUUUUUUGUUCAUGGGACGAAAGACGCUGUUCCGUUUUCUUAUUUUUAUUUUUUUUUUUUCAUUUUUUUUUUCUUUUCUUAAAGAAGAAGAGAAGACAGCCAAGAAACUAAUUGCAGGGUUGGGCUUGGAGAGGAAGGAAAGGAUAGAAAGUUUAAUACUAAUGCCAAACAUGAAAUUAAAAACGCUCAUCCGUAGUGGGAGUCAUGAUUUGGAUGGCGUUUGUGUGUGUGUGCGCGUGGGUGCGUGUGGGUGUGUGUACGAGUGUGUUUGUACAUGUGUAGUUCAUAGCAAUGCAACCAUAGUAAAUCAGUUGGGAGAAUCUUAUGUGGCCUAGUGGCCAACCCUAGAGAAAAGGAUGAAGAGAUGCAGCCACUCCGGUUAAACUAAUAGAAUGAGUAGGAAUGAGCGUCCACUGGACUGGAGGGAGGUAGACAAUAGAAGAGCGUGGCUGCAUCAGGAACAAUGUGACGGACUGAACCAGACAGCCAAACAAACCGACAGGCAAACCGUUACAAACCUGCUGACCCAGAGUGCUCAUUUCAGCCUGUUCUGAAAUACCUGCGAACUUCAGUGCCUCGAACACCCCCCUCCCCAUCAAAACCUCCACCCCAAACAAGUCCAACCGCUGUUUCUAGGAGAAUAAGGACGGGAGUGUGGAAAGUAAAGUUGUGCAAGAGUGAUAGAUACAGGCUAUAAACUCUGUGCCCACUAAGGGGUAGUGAAGGUGAAGAAAACUCUUCUGUGGUGCCCCCUCCUGGACAGUUUGUUGGUUUUUACACACAUUAGUGAUGAAGAAGGCACACUCUAUGGGGGAUAGAUAGUACAGCCUCAGAAAAGUUGAGAGCCACACACACACGCGCACACACUCGGUGUAUGUGAGUAUAAAGUACACUCCAGCAUUAUCACUACAUAGUUUAGACUUCCUGCCUCCGCUGGCGGGGAGGUUUAAACGCGAGGUUUCAGCCAUGUGGCCUCGAGGCCGGACAACGAACAUGGUGUUAAAACUGAACAAGAUGUCUGUCGCGUUCCUGAUUGUAACGAUCGAAAAAGACACAGCCGGGAGACGAGUGUCUGCCUGUUGGCUCUUGUUGUUACUGUCAUCUUGGUUUCUGCUCUCAAACCUUUUUUGGUUGUUCUUUUCACAUCAUAGAAAAAAAAUGAAUAAAAUUGAAGUGAAAUGA